AUGAUUUCUUUACUGUCAGUUUUAUUGAUUGCUUCCACCGCCGCAGGUCGGGACAUCACGUUCCCAUCUGUGGCAGGCUAUCAGUCUCCUAUGAUGGCAUUGGGCCAUGAGAGUAUAGACAUCACUGGUGCCAAAUUUGCAGGCUUGACCACGUUUGCAAAUCUGCCUUAUGUACACUGCUUGAAUAAGGACGGAUCUGAGAAAUACGACAUUGCCAUCUUGGGUGCUCCAUUCGACACUGGUGUUACCGGAAGACCGGGUGCCAGAUUUGGACCCGGCGGAAUCAGAGCAGGGUCUCGGCGAAUCUCCCCAGAGGCUGGAUGGAACAUUUACAGCGGCAAGAAUCUGUUCAAGGAGUGGGCCACUAUCAUAGAUUGUGGAGAUGCACCAUUGACAGUGUUGGACAACACAGUAGCCUUGAAGCAGCUCGACACAGCUCACGGGAUCAUCUCAAACCGAGCUAGCAAUUCCACCGAGUACACUGUACCGAGAAUUGUGACGUUGGGGGGUGAUCACACUACUACACUGUCUGCACUGAGAUCCACCUUCAAGCAUUGGGGACCUGUCAGCGUCAUCCACUUUGACAGCCAUAUCGAUACUUGGGAUCCUGAAGUACUGGGAGGAGGCAUCUCACACUAUGCUGGCGUCAACCACGGAACCUUCUUACACAUUGCCCACGAGGAAGGUCUCGUCAGAAACACCUCGAUACAUGCAGGAAUCAGAGCUCCAGUCAUGAACAAGAAGCACGAUGUAAAGCAUGAUCGCCAAUGCGGGUUUGAAAUGGUCACAGCCAGGGAUCUUGAUAGGCUCACACCCCAAGGAGUCAUUGAGAAGUUGAAGCGCCGUGUUGCCGGAACCAAGGUCUACAUAUCUAUCGACAUUGAUGUUCUUGAUCCUGCGUUCGCACCGGCAACAGGUACGGCAGAGGUGGGGGGAUGGUCGACUCGAGAACUUCUUACCGUUCUCGAUGGACUAACUGGCUUGGAGGUCAUCGGUGGUGAUGUUGUGGAAGUGGCACCUAUCUAUGACAAUGCGGGAGAGCCGACUACUUUGGCAGCGGCAGAGGUUGUCAUGUCCUUGCUGCAAUUGAUGGUAGACCAACCCGUCAAGGCAGAGUAG